UUAUUUAUUUAUUUUUGUACACAUAUAUAUUUGUCAGUUGCUUUAACUUUGUUGUACAGUUGCUUACAGUCACAGUAAAAACAGCUAUGCACACAAAUUCACACACAUUAGCCUGAGUUCUUAAUCAGCAUUUUGAUGUGGUGAUGAAUGUGUCUCUUAAAUGCUAGGUCAGUAGAUUAGGCAUAUUUCUCAAACUGCCUUGUUGCACGUUAGAAUCUCUCUUUGGGCCGUAAUUUAGAUGUGAAGCGGUCAAGCGGAGCUUACAGUGGAUGUGAAGAUGUUAGUUCACUGAUUCUGAGAUGACAGUUGGAGCCAUGCAGACCUCAUAGGGGAACUUUCUAGCCACUACAGAAGCAUGUCCAACUACCAAAAUAGACCGAUCUGAUCUCUCCCGUUUUCUCGCUAACCCCACCUAUUUUUCGUUGUCUAACUCUCCUAUCUCCCCGGAGUGGUGCUCUGCUCUGGAUGGUAAGACUUGACAGUGAUAGCCUGAAUACAGAAGAAGAUAAAAUGAAUUAAAAUAAAGGAUCAAAGUGGUUCAAGACAAGCAGAAAAGUACCAUUCUGACAUUUCCCUGACUUUUGAAUGAGAGCGAGAGUGGAAUUUAUAUGAAGGUGAAAGUGUCAUUUUUCAGAACACAGAUCAGUGGAGAUCAUCAUGAAUACAGAUAGCGGAGGACGUGCUAAUAAAACAGCAUCCCUGUUGCUUACUCUCUGGCCUGUGAAGAAGGCCCAGAGCUCACCCAACCUGUACGCUGCUGCAGGUAGUGAUUCCCAGUCAUCAGAUUCAGAUGCCUGGCGCUCGCGCAGUGUGUCUGAGGGGUUGAGGAACGGAGACGCCAGCAGCUCGUCCUUGACUGCUAAAGGCUUCCGCAGCGUUAGACCCAACCUACAGGAAAAGAAAUCUCCUACACCGGUCCCCUUGCCGCCCCCUAGGAGAGAGAGCUAUCGCAUGACCCCUAACCCUCCAUCUUACAGUUCCCUUACAUUACUGUCAGACACCUUCCUCUCUCCCCCACAGAAUGAUGAUGUAAUUUCCACAGGCUCUUACACUAUCCAAUCUAGAGCCACCUCAUUUUCAAACUCUAAGAUCACCCAAACCUACACGAGCAGCCCUGGAGCCCCCCUCGAGGAGUCCCCCUUGUCCCAACAGGCUAAUGCUAACAAUUUUAUCACUCGGGUUCUUGGGAGCAAAUUGUCCUCUUCGAAAUUCACCACUGACCAUCUAAAUUCAGCACCUAACAAGAUGAAUAUGAUUGAAACUGACCCUAUGUCUAGAACUAAACGGAAAGGUACAUCCGCUCCCCCACCUCAAGACCCCUCUGCCACUUCUGAAAUGCAUGUAGCCUCUCUCUCCAUCCAGUUAGCUUCCCGCAGUCCAGAACCCCAAGCAGAGACCCAAUCAGGGCCUGAGACUGAAUCCAGGACUAACGCAUUGGACCCCGCUGAUCCCAUGCAAGCCCCUGUCGUACCACCAAGACCAGCCAGCAAUUUGGUGCGUGAAUUUUCCCCUGUAAGACGGGGCACUGGAACGCUCUCUUCUGGACCCCCCUCCCCAGACCCAUCAGCUCGUCGGUCACCGUAUAGCCGGGCGAGUCAGGAUUCCCCCGACUUCCUGUCGGGACUAUUGCCCAAAGCCCUCUCACCAACUCCCUACAUCCCUCUGGAACGUUCUGGGCUAAUGUCGGCCUCACCUGCUGUGUCACCGUUAACCGUGUCUGCACUGAGUCAUUAUUCAUCAUCCACGGUCGGGCUUGAGGAGCUGCAGAUCUGCGACAUGGACUCCUCCCCCGCGGCCACACCUACCCCUUCCCCCACUCUCAGCCACGCCUCCAAUGCUCCUGACGAGCUUCCCACCGCCCCGUCAUCUGCCGCAGGCACUAACGUUCAGAUGGCAGUGAAUGGAAGAUCUCAGUCUCAGAGGCCCUUCUCUCCACCUGUGUACCCUCCUCCACCCCCAACCCUCAGUCCAGGCCUGGGAAAGAUUCAGCAGGGUCGGUGUUCAGAGGGUUCAGAGACGGUGAAGAGAGAGACCAUUGUCUCUGGUCAGACAGUGGCCAGUAGCUCUGUGCCCAUCGCUCGUUUUUCGGAGGAAGAGAAGAAGCUGUCUGUGAAAAAAGCGCCCCAUUACGAAGGUAUUGGACCAGUGGAUGAGUCAGGCAUUCCCAUCGCCAUCCGUACGACUGUGGACAGACCCAAGGAUUGGUACAAGACCAUGUUCAAACAGAUUCACAUGGUUCAUAAAGCAGACGAUGACUAUGCAGACACAUAUAAUGCAACAUAUACUGUCAUAAACAAUGACCCUCCUGUUCAUGCACACCCACCCCCUCGAACACACACGUACCGGCCUCUCUCUAGAAAUACCUCAGACACGCCAGGCGGUGCCACCCAUCGUGAGCUCUCACAGUCACCUGUGCCCCCGCCACCCCCUCCCAUGCCUUCCCUCCUUCAGCUCCGUUCUCGGGACAUGGACAGAGACAGAGAGUUUUCACACGACCCAAAUGAGUGGGGUCCUCCAGAUCGUAAAGUGGACACACGUAAAUAUCGGGCGGAACCACGGAGCAUCUUUGAGUAUGAGCCUGGAAAAUCCUCCAUCCUCGAGCAAGAAAGGCCUACGUUUGAUUUAAACCCAGAUGACAUAGAUUUAGAGAACGAGCCUUGGUUUAAAUUCUUUUCCGAGUUGGAGUUUGGACGGCCGCCUCCUAAAAAGAGGUUGGAUUAUAAUCCUGACUACUCCACACAAACUGUGGCACAGUCAUCCCUCUAUCUCUCGCCUUCAGAACAGCCUGAUGGACCUUCAAGUUUUGCAAGUGACUACAGGAAAAGGAGAAAGUCAGAACCAUCUGUCACUCAAGCCAACACAGGAAGUGAGCAGAAUGCCAGUCAAGUUUCUUCCCGCCCUCUGGAUUCCCAUAAAGCACAGACAUUGAAAAAGCCUACCAUACGUUCCUCCCCCUCCUCACCAUCCAGAGCCAAAGCUGGAGACGCUAGUGAGUCACUCUCCUCCUGUUUGAGCUCUCCAGGUAUGGAGCAUCCCUCCUCUCAUCUUUCCUCAGACUCCCUCACUAUCUCCACACCAACCUGGCGUGGCUCCAAGCGCUCCAUCUGCUUCAAGAACGGUUGGCAGACAGGCCGACAUGAAGCUGCAGAGACUUGGAGUAGCGUUGAUGAUGAAUCUGCCAUGACCCCUACAUCACCACGGCUCAAAUCACGCAGCUGUGAUGACUUGUUGUCUGAUGGACAUGGUGCUAGUGAUGACGGGAGAGCAUCCACUUCUGUGACUACCACUCGCUCGGAAAGUGCUGGUUCGUUGCUCGAUGAAGACGCUCCACAGAAGCCUCAGGUAAAAAGUCUUACCUCAUCUCCAAGGGGGCGCCGACAUCACCGGCGUAAGAUGGCACAUGAUGCUCCAGGUUUCCUUCAGCUCUACAAGAAGAUGCACCACAUAGACCGUGAGCAACUGUUGCCGUCAGAGGUGAUUCGUUCUGUACGUGCACGAAUCCUCGAGUUGGAACGGCUACAGCAACAACAGAGGCACAACCUCCACGGUUGGGUGCCUUUUGGUCAUGAGGUGCCGCAACACAUGGUCCCAAACCGUAUAUCGGAAUAUGAACAGCUGAUUCAGAAAUCAAAGUCCAUGCCAGACCUCGGUGACGAAAAUGCCCCUUCGGGCACCACCACACCAGGGUCUUCGAGGGCCAGCAGCUGUCCCAAACGACGCUUUUCUGUUGAAUCACUUUUGGAGGAGGAAGAUCCUCCAGUAAGGGCUCGAAGUCCCCCUGAGGGACAGCCAAGACCGGGACCAGAAAGCAAUAGCCUGGUGCCAAUCCAUGGGAAAAACCAGAGGCAGCAUCAAGACUAUUCGGACAGUGAACAGGACGCCUGUGCCUCCGAAAUGAGUGACAUCCACAUAGAAGGGUCUUCACUGUGCAGCGAGAGCGACCUGGAUCAUUGCUCGCUCACGUCAUCGGAGAGCUUCUAUGGUUCUGGGCAACAUCACCAUCGUGGACACCAUCACCACCGCCACCAUCACAUGCACCAGAGUGUGGGUCAGAGUCAAGGUUACCAACACCGCCACCUCAUCAGCUCCUGUAAGGGUCGCUGUCCGGCAUCCUAUACACGUUUCACCACCAUGCUAAAACAUGAGCGACAACAGGAAAGGGCUCGGCAAGAAUCCCACCCUGCAUCUCCACAAGCCCAACAGUCACCCAGUGAGUCAGGCCUUUCCAAACUGGCCUUCCUGGUCAGCCCUGUGCCUUUCCGCCGGAAACGAGGCUCCCCGCCGACCCAACGACGACAUUGCAGAAGUGGACGACCGAAAUCCAAAACUGCGAUUUAUGAGGCCUUAGAUGCUGCUUUGCAGGACAUUUAUGACCACAUAAGAGCGGAGAAGGGACAAGGACCAGCAAGGAUGCCAGAUGAUAGCAUAUUACGGCGGUUAUUGGAAGAGUUAUUACCUGACGUGCCCAAGCGUAGCUCCUCCUUGCGGGCUCAAAGAGGGUCCGGCUCACCCUCCUCGCCCCACGUCCACCAGCCUUACCUUGGAGCCCACCAAUGUGCCUCCUACCAGCAGCAACAUCAUGCAGACGCCUCCAACAACAACCAGCAUAAUGCUAAUGCUAAUGUGCACUGCUACUCAGAUCAGGGCUCUGAUACAGGACGUCUCACACCACAAAGCAGAAGACCCACUCCAGAAAGAGAGGUCUCCUCUAAGCAGAUGACCUAUCUUAUAUUGUCUUCUCUCCUCCAUCAGAAACAGUCUGCCAGGGCUAUUUAUGAUUUUAAAGCUCAGUCUGCCAAGGAACUUUCCUUUAAGAAAGGCGAUGCAGUCAACAUCAUUAGACAGAUCGACAGUAACUGGUAUGAGGGGGAAAACAGAGGUCGGAUUGGGAUUUUCCCCAUCUCUUAUGUUGAGAAGGUGCCAUCUCCAGAGCGGAGGCAGCCUGUCAGACCGCCUCCUCCAGCUCAGGUUCGAGAUAUGGGAGAGGCCAUAGCACGAUACAACUUCAAUGCUGACACUAACGUAGAGCUUUCUCUUAGAAAGGGGGAGCGAGUGAUCCUUCUAAGGAAGGUGGAUCAGAAUUGGUAUGAGGGAAAGAUUCCUGGCUCAAACAAACAGGGCAUUUUCCCUGUGUCCUAUGUCGAUACGGUCAAGGGCUCUCCUUCCAAGAGCCCCAGUCACCAAGGAGACACACAUACACAUAGGGCACAGAAGAAAAUUAUGCAGGAUUCCCAGAAUGCAGGCGGUGAGCCCUUCCAAGCUGUCUACAACUAUGUCCCUCGUAAUGAGGAUGAGCUGGAGCUGAAGGAGGGGGACAUUGUUGAUGUCAUAGAGAAAUGUGACGAUGGCUGGUUUGUGGGUACCUCUCGUAGAACCAGUUUAUUCGGAACUUUCCCAGGAAACUAUGUUAAAACGCUUUAACAAAGAGGAAACAAUGGCACAAAUACAGCCACUCCAGUGCCUACUGUGUAGGGCCAAUGAGGCACCUCACCUUUGAGAAAGUGUGUGUGCGUGUGUCUUUAUGUGUGAGUGUGUUCACAAACACAACACAACAUUUUUAGCUCUGCCAUUUCUGCACAGACAAACCACUGAAAUUAAUUUCACUUUGAGCACUUUUUGUGCCAUCACAGAAUCUCCUCACUGUUCCUUUAUCUGCUAUUUUGACAUUUUGUUAUUUUCCAGGAUGUAGUAAAGUUAGUACUGUGAGGAUUCAGGUAGCAUGGUAUUGAGUGAGGUCAGUAGAACAGUAUAAAUGGUACUGAGGUGAAACCCCAGGCAUCAGUGUUAAACUGAGUGUGUGUUUAUCUGUGUGUAGUGUAAUAAACAGUACACGGUUAAUAGCAAUAUAGAGACCACUGGUUAUAGAUGAUGAUGUAUAGUUUCUUUAAAAUGAGCUACAAGUGAUGUCAUGGACAAUUCUAAAAUUGUUAAUUCCCCUUGUGUGGCCAAAAUAAGGAAGUGAUAGAAACAGAUGUGUUUUAACCAUUAAUUGUAUAGUUAACUAUGGGGUGAAUUCACUUUUUCCAAGUCUUCUCAGUGGCAAAAAAUGUCCCAAUCAUCCUGAAUUCACCCCUACUUUUGCCAUACAGAAUUACAAAUUAACACUCAUGGAGAAAUGUUGCUAUUGUUUAAGUGGCAAUCUUUCAUAUAGGGUAAUGUUUGUAUAAUUAUCAGUGCAUUGUGGGUAUUUGUAUAUUGCAUUGACAUUAUAGAAAGGAAAGAUGCUUUUAUGGAAUUUGGUAACAAAUAUUUGAUUAAUGAACAUGUUUUUUAAUGUUUACUUGAGAAUUUUUUGAAUGGACUGAGUUUUAGAAUUGUAAACCAGGUGUCAGUGAACCACCUGACUUUCAUACAGUAAAAAACAAACAUGUAAAUCAUUGCUGGUUUAGUAAUGAAUGGCAACAAUGUUACAACAAGAAGUAGAGCCUGUUAUAAUAUUUAAUUAUUUUUUAUUAUUAUUAUUUUUUUGUUAACCUAAAUUAACUAAUUUAUCUAAAAGGUAAUUUCUCAAUUUUCACUUUUUUUUUGAAAGUUUGAUCUGUGGUAUAAUACUUAAAUUUAUGCCACAUUUUAUCUGCCACAUUUCUCAUGAGAUUGACUCAUAUAGAGAUCGUAUCGUAUUACGCAAUAGAGAGAGUUGUUGGUCUUUGAUGAAUGUUGUUCAUGUUUCGUUUCUGAAUGAUUUGUAUAUCAGUAUUUUCUGCACGAAGUGUAUCACUUGUGUUCUCAUGUGAAAACAUUGUGUUGCAUCGGCUUUUACAAGUACGUAUAUUCAGUAUAUGGAAAAGUGUGUCAAUGAAUUUCACAGACAGCAGAGCAAUCUUAAAGCACCUUAAACAUUUAUUAGUUCUAUUAAUUUUGUUUUCUUUAAAGUUGAAGUGCGUAAGAAUGAUAUGCUUAUCUGUUUAGCUGUCCAAUGGCUGAUGGGAAGGGUUUUGGAAAACUGCAUGUUGUGGAAAACAUUACACACUUCAGCUUUAAAUAUUUUAAUCCCACUGUUUGCAUUUUCCAGCUUCACAGCUGUGUUUGCUGAUACUUUAUAUGUCAUUUUGUAUGUACUGUACAUGAGUUUCACUUCCAUUAUAAAGCUUUCCUUUCACACAUUUGGUUUCUUUCAUCUGUUUUUUAAUCAUUUAUACUUCAUCCCAUGAGCCAAAUUUGUUCUACAUACCCAACUUCUGUGGUGCAAAAAAAAUGUAUGCAAAAAAGAAAUAAGCAAAGAACAUUUUUGGGACUAAUAAAGGACUUUCUUCAGCACAGGAUGGAUACGGAUGCACACUGUAGUUAAACUGCAGUCACUGUUUGCCUUUGCUGCAGCCACAAACUACUCGCCACUACUAAAGACAGUGGAUUUUUUGUAGGAUAUUGUUUUGCCUUUUUCUUUAUAGGCAUAUAGUGUUUGAGUUAACACUAUGGUGUUAUUUGAUUCGUGUGUGUGUGUGUGUAUGCUUGAUGAACUGCUGAGCUUAAGAGGAUCUUUAACCUGCUCACUUUCAAAUAAAGCUUUCUCCUUCUUUAUUAUUUUCAUUUUAUUAUAUUUAUCUCUCUCCCUCUGUCUCUGCUCUUUUUUUCUAUAUCCAAUAAACUUCUGCUCAGUUGUUU